AUGAAUAAAUUUAUCCUUAUUGCCACCAUCGCUUCACUGGCCUGUGUUGCCCACGGAGCCAUUAGCCACGGCACUCAUGCUGAGACGCUGAAACAUAACAGCCAACUGAACCAGGAUGGCAGCUACAAACACGACUACUCGACUUCCAAUGGUAUCAGCGCUCAAGAAGAAGGUUACGGUGGUCAUCAUGCCAGCGGCGGUUUUGCAUACUACUCACCUGAAGGAGAACUCAUUCAGCUCUCCUAUUUGGCUGAUGAGAAUGGCUUCAAACCACAAGGCAAUCACUUGCCCACACCUCCACCAAUUCCACCACAAAUCCUCAAAUCUUUGGAAUACAUUCGCCUACACCCAUACGAUGAGGAUGCUGCUCAUCAUAAGCAACAGCACCAGCAACAACAACAUCGUCCACAGCAACAGGCUCGCCAGCAACAAUUCCAUCAUGUGGCGGCACCAAGCCAUCAAGUGAAGAACUUGCGUCGCCCAGCUCAACGUAGACACUUUUAA